AUGAGGUGCAUGACCAUCAUUCGAGCUCUACUUGUGCGCGUGCUGUUCGCCGCUCACGGAGUGAUUGCAAUAUGGCGAUUAUUCAUGGUAAUUCGGAAGUCUUGGUGCUGGUACCUAACUGGAGCGCUGGGUGGACUUUUGAUCGAGACGAUUAUCACUAUGACGAAGAAGAGGGGCAAAGAAUGGAAAUGGUUUUGUCCCAGCGUGUUCUUUUAUCUUGGGAGUGUGGUACCCGCCAUCUGGUUUCUCGAGCUGCACGAGAUGGAGGAAAGAAUUGCCAUGCGCGAGAGCAGUGAGUUGACCAAUAGCAGUAGAGUAUACCACGUGGCAGUCAACCGAACCACCAAAGAGGACCUUAGCGUCAAUAUUGAAGGACUGGAGAUCACCAUUCCAUUGGCUAUCCCCGCCAAUCUAUGGCUUCGUAUACUAGAACAGUUCCUACUCCUGAUGUUGAUAGUUGGGAGAUGGCUGCUCCCGAAGGGCUCUUUGUCACAUGACCAGUUAUCUCAACUCUUAUUGGUGUACGUAGGGACAGCUGCCGAUAUUGUGGAAUUCUACGAGGCUUUCAGUGAGGAGCUGGUGAUGUAUAAUCGCUUGCUGUGUUACAUCAUUCUGGGGAUCUGGACACUCAGCUUGCUUCAGUUCACCCUAGUUCUGACCGCAACACGUGCGCGCCGUGACCAGUCAGGCGUACCUGCCUCAGGUUAUACCGAAGGCGAUAAAGUAGGUUGCUGUAAUCCAGAGAUAUACGGCAUCGUCACGUCAAUUUUCAUGCAGGACUGUCCUUUCCUGGUUGUAAGACUUCUAUUAAUAUUCAAGUACGGCGUGAUAAGUUAUACUAACAUGUUCUUCACGUCCAAAAACUCCCUAGUGAUAGUACUUCUGUUGUACCGCGUUAUCGUCGUACAGGGAGAAACGAGGAGGAAAAAAGAGGAAAUGAAGAAAAGCGGAUCAGCCAUUCGUCUGAACGUACCGAAUAAUGUUGGCGGUUUCGGCGGACGAAUGGACAACCAAGUCCACAUGAAGCCGAGUUGUAGUGCCCCUAACGUGUACAAGGCAACACAAUCUGAUAGUCUGCCAAGAUACAAAAAUUCUGCGGUGCAUGACCGGCGGAGUGACCCAAUGGACGCCACGAAGUUGAAAGCUCCACUGGCUAAAGGAACUCCCCCAAGAUCUCCUUAUAAUAACAGGCCCAUCCCUCGUAUCAUAAGAUAA